ACCACCACCACCACCACCACCACCACCCACUACCCCACAUACUCUCUCUGUCUCUCUGUCUCUCUCAUUCGCCCACACGCACGCAAUGAACACGGCAUCGGAGCCGGAGGCAGGCGCGUCGUCCAGGCCUGCCCCGCCGCUGGCCGGACCCUGGGUGGGAAGGAGCAGGCGGUCGAGCAGGAGGCGUCUCGGGCGCAGAAGUAUGGGCGGACAUGAUGGACAUGCUGCGCUCCUGGAGUCGGAAGGCCGAGAGAGGGAGAGCCGCCCGGCUGGGCGCCGGAGAGGCCGUCGCCGCAGACGAGGCCAAGACGACGGCGAUGCUGGCGAUGGCCAGAGCGCACACCAGAGACCAUCAGCUCCGAGCAGCUCUGUAUCGCGCGCAGUGGUUCGUGGGCCUGCUGGCCAGGUCAUGGCCGCCGUCCGAGUGGCGCUGCCCGGUCGAUGGCAGCAAUGCGACGAGGCCGAAGCUGCUGCUGCUGUUGCGCCCGAGCCGGUCAGCCCUGUGCUGGACGAAGGCACGGCCAGUCGCCGCCUUGCAGGGCUCGGUGCGUGGGACCCUGUGUGGGGCGUGCUUGGCAUGGGAGACAGCGGUGUGUACGACCUGCGUGAAGCCCGCAUUGUAGGGCGGAUCUACGCCCUCCGACGGCCGCUGGCGGUUCUUCUCGUGGCCGACGUCCUGUUCUUUGCCUUUCUCCUCGCCAUGGCCCUGGUGUCGUCGGUGGAUGGUGACGGCGAGAGCGAGAGUGGCAAGGACGCGUCGCUGCCGUUCAGCACGCUGGAGGUUGUCCUGUAUCUGGCGGUUGAUGCGCUCGGUGGCUCGGCGUACGAGCACAUGUCGGUCGAACGAUACAUGGGCUUUAUGUCGGGCCUCGCACUCUCGGUCGUCAUGCUCUUCCUGCGCCAUGGCGUAACGUUUAUGCUCAUGCUGCGGCUUGCGAUGCUGAUACUAGCCUCCAACAUCCGGACCCUUCUCCAUCAGCACCGGCUGAUGCAGCUGCGGCGCGAGGCGCGGACAAUUGGUAUCGGCGCCGCCGACGCCCGGCCCACCUUUCUGGACACCCUUCUUGCUCGCUCGCUAGAUCCAGCGGCGCUCGACUCAUCGGAGGAUGACGACGGGCUUGAUGACUACGCCAUGCUCACGUAAGGAUGCCGAACCGGUCAAAGAGGGGGACCCGGGUGCUGGUGCCAAACCCGGCCGUCUUGCUCGGUGGAUCGCGCAAGAGCCUGUAGUCAGGCACCGAGCCCGGACUGGCCUCUGGCGACUCGGCCGGGCUGACUGGCGCUGCCGGUGGAGGACUCAUCUGCUCGGCAGCUUGGAGUGUCUCUAUCAUCUGGCUGCGCUUGCGCUCCAACUCGCGCACCUGCUCGAGCUUGGCUGCGUGCUGACUGGAGAGUUCGGAUAUCGCCUUGCGUCGAGCCUCGUUCUCAGCCGCCGCCGCCUCCUUGCGAGUGAGCACCUCGUCGAGCUGGGCGGCGAGACCGUCAACUGCCCGCUGCAGCUCGAACGCGUAGGGAUCAGUCUCGGGCUUCAGACCGUAGCCACCGCCGCCGCCUCCCGCAUAGCCGGCGUAACUGCCGCC